AUACACACACACACACACACACACAUUCCCUGUUAGUAUAACAGGGAGAGGACAGGAGUUCCACAAGGACAAAAUAUAUCAGGGCACGGGGUCCUCUAUGAGAUGGGACCAAGGACCAUGUAUGGAUAUAACCUAGAACCCCUGCUCAGAUAUGCCUGUGGUAGAUUAGUAUCCAAGUGGGUUUUCCCUCAUAAGGUGAACAGGAACUAUUUGUGACAUGAACUCAAGAACUGGCUCAUUUACUUCCUCCUACCUCCAAGUGAGGAGCAGCCUUGCUAGGCCACAGAGGAGGACAUUGCAGGCACCAGCCUACACACAGUAUUUUGACUCAAAAUCUACACGGCAUACAAGAUUGACAAGUACAAAUAAACAGCAGAGACUGAGGGAAUGGCCAACCAAUGACUGGUCCAACUUGAGAGCCACCUGAUGGGAGAGAGGCAAUCGCUGUCACUAUUAAUGAUUCUCUGCCAUGCUUGCAGACAGGAGCCAAGCUAACUGUCCUCUGAGAAGCGCCACCUAGCAGCAGAUCAAAACAGAUGCUGAGACCCACAGCCAAACAGUAGAUGGACAUCUGGGAAUCUUGUGGAAGAGUUGGGGGAAGUACAGAGGAACAUGAAAGAGAAACUAGCUUCACAAGAUCAACAGAGUCAAACAACCUAGGCUCAUGGGGACUCAGAGACCCAACCACCAACCUAAAUGCAUGCAUGGAUUGGACUUAGGACCCCUGCAAUUAUGGAGCUGAUGUUCAGCUCAGUCCUUAUGUGCGUCCCUUAGCAACUAGGAAAAUGGAUGUCAAUGACAUGGACAUAGUUACUUGCUAUGGAAUGACUUUCCUUAGUAGGGCAAAUGUGUCUGGCCUCAGUGGAAAAGGAUGCACUUAGUCCUGAUGGGACAUGAAGUAGAGGGGAUUCUGUGAAUCAGCAGAAAGUGAUUCUCUUCUUGAAGGGAAAUUGUGAAAUUCAAAGAACUUAAGAUGGUCAAAGAGCCUAUUCUUCACUGACAUAUAGUUUUAUUAACAACUCAACAGAUGUCUUUCCAUUCUUAAGGGCAGCAGCCUUCAAACAGAAGUAGGGUAUUUAAAGCAACGGUAUCUGGAAACAAUCAGAACAACAUGGCAGAACUUGAGAAAAGUGUUGCAAACCUCGGGGUUGGAUGCUUUGCUAAGAUCAAGAUAUUUCUGUUGGCAUUAACAUGUGCAUAUCUAGCCAAAGGACUAUCAGGAGCUUAUAUGAAUUCCAUGCUCACACAAAUAGAGAGACAAUUCAGUCUCCCCACAUCAACAGUUGGAGUUAUCAGUGGGAGCUUUGAGAUGGGAAACCUUUUGUUGAUAAUAUUCGUGAGUUAUUUCGGAAGGAAAAUUCACAGACCUAUCAUGAUUGGUGUUGGAUGUGCAAUUAUGGGCCUAGGGUGUUUCUUAAUAUCACUACCUCAUUUCCUCAUGGGCAGAUAUGAAUAUGAAACAACGAUUUCACCUGCAAGCAACUUGUCCUCAAACAGCUUCCUGUGUAUGGAAAACAGAACCCAGACCUUAAAGCCAACACAAGACCCAGCAGAGUGUGUGAAAGAAAUUAAAUCAUUAACGUGGAUAUGUGUAAUGGUAGGCAAUUUUAUACGUGGAAUUGGUGAAACUCCCAUCAUGCCUUUGGGUAUUUCCUACAUAGAAGAUUUUGCCAAAUCAGAAAGUUCUCCCUUAUACAUUGGGAUUUUGGAAACAGGAAAGAUCAUUGGUCCUUUGACUGGAUUUUUGUUGGGAUCCUUCUGUGCAAGGAUUUAUGUAGACACAGGUUCUGUGAAUACAGAUGACCUGACCAUCACUCCCACUGAUACACGCUGGGUUGGAGCUUGGUGGAUUGGCUUUUUGAUCUGUGCAGGAAUGAAUAUCCUGACCAGCAUCCCAUUUUUCUUUUUUCCAAAAACACUCCCAAAAGAAGGACUAGAGGAAAAUGAGGAUGGAACUAAAACUGACAAUGAAGAUAAAUACAAAGAAGAGUUCAAAGAGGAAAAACAUGGAAUCACUAAAGAUUUCUUGCUUUUCAUGAAGCGCCUGUCCUGCAACCCAAUUUACAUGCUUUUUAUGCUUAUAAGUGUGCUUCAGGUCAGUGCACUUACUGAAGGAGUUACCUUCCUGCCUAAAUACCUGGAACAACAAUAUGGAAAGUCAACUGCAGAUGUAGUCUUUCUCACAGGUCUUUAUAACUUACCUCCAAUAUGUAUUGGCUAUUUAGUUGGUGGCUUUAUUAUGAAGAAAUUCAAGAUUACUGUCAAGAAAGCUGCAUACAUAGCAUUCUGCCUAUCUCUGGCUGAUUACCUUUUAUUAUUUUGUUACUUUCUGAUGACCUGUGAUAAUUUCCCAGUUGCCGGCCUAACUACCUCUUAUGAAGGAGUUCAGCAGCCUCUUGAUGUGGAGAAUGAGGGCCUCACUGACUGCAACACAAGGUGUAGCUGCUUAACAAAAACAUGGGAUCCGGUGUGUGGAGACAACGGCCUAGCAUACAUGUCCGCCUGUCUUGCAGGCUGUGAGAAGUCUGUUGGAACGGGAAUCAACAUGGUGUUUCACAAUUGCAGCUGCAUCCGCUCAUCUGGAAACUCAUCUGCAGUCCUUGGGUUGUGUGACAAGGGCCGUGAGUGUGCUAACAGGCUGCAGUACUAUUUAAUCACGACCCUAAUUAACAGUUUCAUCUACUCACUUUCAGCUCUACCUGGGUACAUGGUUCUUCUGAGGUGUAUCAAGUCUGAAGAAAAGUCAAUUGGAAUUGGAUUACAUACAUUUUGCAUAAGACUAUUUGCUGGCAUCCCAUCACCUAUUUUCAGUGGUGCUAUGAUAGACAGAACAUGCUUACAUUGGGAAACUCUGAAAUGCGGUGGUCCAGGGGUGUGCAGGAUGUACGAUAUAAAUAGCUUCAGGCGUGUCUACCUUGGCUUGCAUGCAGCACUAAGAGGAUCAAGUUAUCUCCCCGCAUUCUUCAUUCUAAUUCUUCUGAGAAAGCUGCAGCUCCCUGGAGAUGUUGCCUCUUCAGAAACAGAACCUGCAAAGAUGAAGCUCACAGAGAAGGAAAGCAAGUGCCUGGAUGUGCACAGAAUUCCUGAGCUUGACAAUGGUGGAGAAGUGAAAACCAAGCUGUAGUGAGUUUUCUACUGGUCUGUGCAAGGCCAUGAAUAGAAUGCACAUUUCACUUGUUUCAUAUCAUGAGAAGUACUAUAAAAAAAUCUUGUUUUAAAUGCAUAAGGACCUCAAUAAUUAUUUUUACUUAUGAUAAAAAUAUUUGCUGAUAGCAUUUUCAGAAAUUUGGGGUAGCUUUAAGAUUUUUCUUGGAAGAAUUAUUUGGAGACCCCACACUGAACUUUUAAGACUGCCUUCAUUUUCAAAGAGGAUUUGAUAAUUGCAUUUUCUUUUUUUAACUCAAUCAAAGGAAGUGUAAUUUUCUCACUUAUCUUCAAAUAGCUUAAAAGCUUUCCUAUUCCUGAAACACUUUAAUUUCAUUGAGUUUAUCCUUCAGUAUUAGAAAUAAUUAGAGCUGGAAAUAUGCAUCCUGGUUGUGUCACAUUAAAAUAAUUUGUUCAAAUUCAUCCUUUCUACAUGCACAAUGUCUGAAUGUAUCUUUAAUGAUUUAGGAAUUGUUAACUCUCAUUUUUUAUUCUAGACUUUUGAUGCUUUCAUGACUUUUCAUUAAUGAGUCAUCUCUUGUUUUCAAUUCCUUCUUUCAUUAUUCAUGUCCCACGUUGGAUCAUCUUGCUUACAGCACUGACAGAUUUAAUCAGCUUAUUAAAUGUCAUGUACCAAAAAUAGUUUGAACUUUUUUGUCUAGCAGUUCCAAGUUGGUCCUGAAGCUCUUUCUUGAGAAAGCCAGUCCUUUCAAAGGCCCUUUGAGGAGAUGGGGUUGUAGCUCCAUGGUACAAUACAUCAGAGAACCCAGGUUAACCCCCAAGGUACUGCAACAUGCUGACAAAAUAAAAUAAAGUAAAAUAAACAAGGCUGAACACAGUAUAUGAUAUUUUCAAAAAGCUACUUUUUCAUAUUCAGGAAGCCUUUUUUGGUCUAGUGUUCAUUUUAUUCAUCUGUCCUCAGAGCACAUGACUAUUCUCUUUCAAAAUCAUCUUAGAGUAAAACCUUUAAAAAGGAGCCAGCUAGAUAGCUCAGUGGAAAGGCGUGUUUUUCACCAAGCCUGACAAGGAAGAUUUGAUCCCUGGGACCAACAUGGUAGAAGAGAACCAACUCUUGAAAGUUAUUCUUUGCAUUCUACUCAGGUACUGUGGUGUGCAUGCAUCAUUCUCCCCAAAACGGUCAAGCAAAUAAAAAAAAACCACAUAAAUAAAAAUUAAGAAGUUUCAAUGAGAGGAUAGUUAAAAAAAUUAUGUGCAUGAGUCUUCAAAAUUGGCAAAAUAACUUUUCAAGUCAUCUCAAAAGUUUUAAUUUUUUUUUUUUGGUGCCUGCAAUCAGUGCUUCCAUGAGGCCAUCUGUGAGGCAGCACCACCUGGGCUACUUGUCUUGUCUUCUUGGUUGUCUAGUCCUCAUGCUCUGCUAAAUAUUAACUUUCGAAGGUAUUACACAAUUGUGUAUUAAUAUCUGUAUGGACUGUGCACUGAACAUAAUUCAGUUAAAGAGGAUUUCCUGUAAAACAAAUUUCAUGUAUGCCUUUUCAAAGAAUGGCAUGAUACAUUCUGAGGAAUUUGUAGCCAAUGAUUUAUUGGCCAUGCAUAGCUGAAGUUCUGGCUGAAGACUUUUUCAUGUCUCAGCCGGUCUAAGAGCUGUUCUUAUGUGGAGGGAUCAGCAAAUUAUGUUCCCUGUCCUGUUUGGUCUUCUUGAUUUCCUUCCUUCGGUCUGCAGCCAAGAUCGUCAGGGGGUCUCCCCGGUCAAGCCUGAUUUCCAACACUCUGGAUUGAAUACAUAGGCUUUUGUUUCCUGUUGAGACAAGAGCAGUCUCCUCCACGAGGCAAAAUAUUUACUGUCUUCCAUUUUGAAAUUAGGAUCGUGAUAUGCUCAUCCAUUUCAGCAGUCCCUUAUAAAAUCCAGUGAAUCUUAGCAGCUGUGCUACUUGUCUCAUUUAAUAACUUUGAGAUUAACAAAUCAUUAUUUAAUCUAUGUUGAGGUGAUAGCAUAUUCUUUUUCUGUUUUGUGACCACCUUUUAAAAAAUUAUUGUUAGAUCUGUUUAUAAUUGUUUGACCUAUAGGAUUAUAAGUUAUGUCUAUAACAGGUUUCAUGUCAUAAUGUCUAAAAUAUUGUUGUAUUCCAAUGGAUAUACAUGGUGAAGAACCAUCAGCCCCAAUUUGCAGAGGCGUCUCCAAGACAGUCAUCAUUUCAUACAAAUUUGUUACUUAGAAUUAUGCUCUCCAGAAUUUAAGGCAAAUGUCCCUUGGAACUUUGAAUAUGAACCUAAGGAAUGGUGCAUAUAUUUCAGCUCUCCAAAGUCUGUAAAAUGGAGCAUGCAAGACAUUGUAUGACAUUGUUCCAAGGGAAUAGCAGACAAGAUCUUCAUUUCUACCUUAGCAUAUAGACCUUCAUCCAGUAAUUGAACCUUGACAAUACAUAUACAAUGUUGUCUGACAAUGUUGACUUAUAGCUGAAGCCUUUUUACUCUGCGUCUCAAUGGGGUGCCAUUUGCAAUUUCUUCAUUCCUCUAUGGAUUUUCCUCAUCUGGAUCUACCUCCUUUGAUAUUAUUGUAAGUUCUAGAUUGGAUUUCUCUGAUGGUUCCAUAUUUUGAUUCAAAGAUUCCUCCAACCUCUUUUUUAUGGCCUAAUUUAGCAUCUAUAUUCUCAGGUUUUUUUUUCUUUUUCCAAGGCUGUCUCUCUGAAACAAGAUAUGCAAAACUGGAAUUGACAUUGUAUACCAUGAGAAACAACUGUAUGCUAAGAGAAACAAACUUAAAUGGAAUCCAGA